AUGAAUAUCAAUUUAUUGAUAUUCGAAUAUGUCAAUAUCCAUCCCAUACUUUAUUUGGAUGACAAGCUCGAGUGGCAUUCACCGCCGCCAGUCUAUUCAGAAAACGCAACAAACAACCGUAUCGAGUGGCAUUCACCGCCGCCAGUCUAUUCAGAAAACGCAACAAACAACCGUAUCGAGUGGCAUUCACCGCCGCCAGUCUAUUCAGAAAACGCAACAAACAACCGUAUCGAGUGGCAUUCACCGCCGCCAGUCUAUUCAGAAAACGCAACAAACAACCGUAUCGAGUGGCAUUCACCGCCGCCAGUCUAUUCAGAAAACGCAACAAACAACCGUAUCGAGUGGCAUUCACCGCCGCCAGUCUAUUCAGAAAACGCAACAAACAACCGUAUCGAGUGGCAUUCACCGCCGCCAGUCUAUUCAGAAAACGCAACAAACAACCGUAUCGAGUGGCAUUCACCGCCGCCAGUCUAUUCAGAAAACGCAACAAACAACCGUAUCGAGUGGCAUUCACCGCCGCCAGUCUAUUCAGAAAACGCAACAAACAACCGUAUCGAGUGGCAUUCACCGCCGCCAGUCUAUUCAGAAAACGCAACAAACAACCGUAUCGAGUGGCAUUCACCGCCGCCAGUCUAUUCAGAAAACGCAACAAACAACCGUAUCGAGUGGCAUUCACCGCCGCCAGUCUAUUCAGAAAACGCAACAAACAAACCGUAUCGAGUGGCAUUCACCGCCGCCAGUCUAUUCAGAAAACGCAACAAACAACCGUAUCGAGUGGCAUUCACCGCCGCCAGUCUAUUCAGAAAACGCAACAAACAACCGUAUCGAGUGGCAUUCACCGCCGCCAGUCUAUUCAGAAAACGCAACAAACAACCGUAUCGAGUGGCAUUCACCGCCGCCAGUCUAUUCAGAAAACGCAACAAACAACCGUAUCGAGUGGCAUUCACCGCCGCCAGUCUAUUCAGAAAACGCAACAAACAACCGUAUCGAGUGGCAUUCACCGCCGCCAGUCUAUUCAGAAAACGCAACAAACAACCGUAUCGAGUGGCAUUCACCGCCGCCAGUCUAUUCAGAAAACGCAACAAACAACCGUAUCGAGUGGCAUUCACCGCCGCCAGUCUAUUCAGAAAACGCAACAAACAACCGUAUCGAGUGGCAUUCACCGCCGCCAGUCUAUUCAGAAAACGCAACAAACAACCGUAUCGAGUGGCAUUGCCGCGUAUCGAGUGGCAUUCACCGCCGCCAGUCUAUUCAGAAAACGCAACAAACAACCGUAUCGAGUGGCAUUCACCGCCGCCAGUCUAUUCAGAAAACGCAACAAACAACCGUAUCGAGUGGCAUUCACCGCCGCCAGUCUAUUCAGAAAACGCAACAAACAACCGUAUCGAGUGGCAUUCACCGCCGCCAGUCUAUUCAGAAAACGCAACAAACAACCGUAUCGAGUGGCAUUCACCGCCGCCAGUCUAUUCAGAAAACGCAACAAACAACCGUAUCGAGUGGCAUUCACCGCCGCCAGUCUAUUCAGAAAACGCAACAAACAACCGUAUCGAGUGCCUUUGUUCGAUAUACUGCGCACUAUGCGGCGCGGCGCACGCUCUCGUACCGCAACAAUACUCCGUGUGGCAAAGGUCGCUAUUUUAUACAUCCUGGUGGACGGUGAAAGUAGCACAGUGCGAUAAACAGAGGGAGAUAUCAAUAGCAUCAUUACAGUUGGGAUUGUUCGAGCUAAUUGUGUGA